CAGAACCGGGAGAAGUACCUGCUGCCCUUCCUGUCCCUGCAAGUCAUGGACCUCCUGCUAUGCGUGCUCACACUGCUGGGCUCCUACAUUGAGCUGCCCGCCUACCUCAAGCUGGCCUCCCGGAGGAGCCGUGCUGGCCCCUCCAGGGUCCCACUGAUGACCCUGCAGCUGCUGGACUUCUGCCUGAGCAUCCUGACCCUCUGCAGCUCCUACAUGGAAGUGCCCACCUAUCUCAACUUCAAGUCCAUGAACCACAUG